GAGAUAAUUUUCAAUUGUAAUCGUUCACACGUCCGCUGCAUAAUUGCAGGGAUAUCUUGGACCUUGGAUAUGAAUAUAAAGAUAUAAGCAGUGUCUCCUACAAUGGCAUUUGCCCAAUUUUCCUCACCGCAACCUAUUAUUGGACUGACAAGUAGAAUCCGUGAAAGGAACCCGAGGAGUAAAAUGAUUUGGGCACUUGGUCCCAGUAACUCAAAUGUGGUUUGCAAUUGCCUCAGGCAGCAAUCAAAUGAUAAGAGUAAAAUACGCUCUGUCAAUGCUGUUAAGCAUUGUCUUCGUUCCACCAACUGUAUGAUGCUGUUCUCCUCGCCAGUCACAACUUGCAGAAAACGUGUUUUCCCCAUGGUCUAUAAUCAGUAUAUUUCAGAUUGUGGGAUGGAUUCUUCCAACGUCGAGGAGAGAUUCAAUUCAAACAAAGGGCAAAUUCUUAGCACUUUGAGGGAGAGAAUCUUUGAGUUGGUGGGGACUUCUAGUAGCCAGUCACAUUCUCAAAGUGUCAAAAGUGAGCUCAUAAUGCUUGCUUUACCAGCACUUGCAGGACAAGCAAUUGAGCCAUUAACACAACUAAUGGAGACUGCUUAUAUUGGUAGAUUGGGUCCUGUGGAGUUGGCUUCUGCUGGUGUUUCCAUAUCAAUCUUCAAUAUUAUAUCAAAGCUAUUUAACAUACCUCUGCUCAGUGUUGCAACUUCAUUUGUUGCUGAAGACAUUUCAAAAAACACAGUCAAGGAAUCUUCUUCAGGUUUCCAAGAACAAGGGAGUGAUGGUAAACCACUUGGUGAACUGGUGGAGGAAAGAAGGCAACUCCCAUCUGUUUCUACCGCCUUACUUUUAGCUGUUGCCAUUGGCAUCUUUGAGGCUUUAGCCCUGUACUUUGGCGCUGGGUUGCUUCUCAACCUUAUGGGCAUAUCAUCAGCUUCAUCCAUGCGCAUUCCAGCAGAACGAUUUCUCUCCUUAAGGGCCCUUGGUGCUCCUGCAGCAGUUGUUUCUCUGGCUCUUCAAGGCGUCUUCCGUGGAUUUAAGGAUACAAAGACUCCUACAUUAUGUCUAGGAGGGGGCAAUUUUUUAGCUGUAUUUUUGUUUCCCAUACUAAUGUACUACUGUCGCCUGGGUGUAAUUGGUGCAGCCAUUGCCACUGUUGCUUCUCAGUAUAUUGUUACCAUUUUGAUGAUCUGGAAUCUUAAUAAGAGAGCUGUGUUACUGCCUCCCAAGAUGAAAAAUCUGCACUUUGGUGUCUACCUAAAAUCUGGUGGUUUUCUUCUUGGGAGAACUCUAGCUUGUCUAGUGACCAUGACUUUGGGGACAUCAAUGGCCGUUCGUCAAGGACCAUUGGCUAUGGCAGCUCAUCAGAUUUGUUUGCAAGUGUGGUUGGCAGUAUCUCUCCUCACAGAUGCACUUGCUACAUCUGGUCAGGCCUUGAUUGCAAGUUCUUUCUCAAAGGGUGACUACAGCACAGUGAAAGAAAUCACCCGUUUUGUCUUAAAGGUGGGAGUAUUUAUGGGGAUUUCCUUAGCCUUAAUAUUGGGUGCAUCCUUUGGUUCUCUUGCUACAUUGUUCACCAAAGACGUGGAAGUACUAGGAAUUGUCAGAACUGGGGUACUGUUUGUAAGUGCCAGCCAACCUUUCAAUGCUCUGGCUUUUAUUUUUGAUGGUCUCCAUUAUGGUGUUUCAGACUUCUCAUAUGCAGCUCAGUCUAUGAUAGUGGUGGGGGUAAUAUCUUCUGCAGUUUUGCUAUAUGCUCCUUCUAUAUUUGGUCUUUAUGGAGUUUGGCUGGGCUUGACUCUUUUCAUGAGCUUGCGAAUGGUGGCAGGAUUUAUCAGAUUGGCAUCAAAAAAUGGUCCAUGGUGGUUCUUGCAGGAGGACUUCCACAAAAAUGAGGUAGCAGGUUGAAAUUGAAGCCAUCUGGAUGUCAGACAUGAAUUGCCAAAUGCAAUGAAAACCCUAUAGGGGCUGCUGGCAAGGAUCAGGACCUCCAUUGUAUGGGCGAAGGCAACACAAGAUGCUCUUAGUUUUGUCACAAGCUGAUUUCGACUCACUUCUGAGGAAAUCAUGUCAUCUGAUUAUGUUUUGGUCUCCAAAUGGGCAUAGGUGCUGAAUCCCUCCAAACAGGGAGGCACUGGCACCAUCAGAUGGUUAGGGGUGUUAAUGGGUUUGAUCUCGGACACU